CAGAUCUGGCGCCGGGCGUGUUGCAACCGCAGCCGGGCGUGCCUCCCUUUGCACAACAACGCCUACCUGGCUCAGGUGCAGCAGCAGUUGCCCAAAGAAGGAGGCCAGAUCCACCUGGAAGCAGCUCCAUCCAUCCAUCCACCUGCAGGUUCUGUCUCCGUGGAGACCCCCUUCCCUCAGGAACCAUGAUUCCCGGAGGCUUAUCCACCCUCAAACCGGCCACUGCAGAGACCCAGGCCAUCGCAGACCAGGUGAAGGACCAGCUAGAAGCCCAAACCAACCAGCGGUACACCAUUUUUGAGGCUGUUUGCUACUGUUCGCAGGUGGUUGCUGGCACCAACUACUUCGUCAAGGUGCGUGUUGGGCCUGAGGAGAGGGACUUUGUCCACCUGCGGAUCUUCAAGGCCCUUCCGGUCUACGGUGGUCAGGUGGAACUGGCCGGCUUCCAGCUGGGCAAGACCAGGGAGGAGCCCAUCAACUACUUCUAGGCCCUCCGACCAACCUCCAAGGAACGGACCAAGGAACGGACUGGCAGAGAAUGCAGUCGGGGGGAUCUCCUGUGGUUUGGAGGGACGCCAUCCAGAAAAGGUGGAGACAGAAGCCCCGUCCUCCUGGAAGCGGAGCCUUCAAAUAAAUGCCUCUGUCUUUGGA